GUCCGCGGAGGUCUUCGCGCUCACAAUGGCCGACGUGAUUGACCGAGACGACUAUUCCGAGCUGCGCAUCACGCGCAAGAACUUGCAGGACGCUGGCUUCCGCAACUGCUGGAGCAAGUGCGAAAGGGCCCGAGGUAAAGAGGAGGCCGCGCGCUUUGCGCUCUGCUGA